UGUGCAGAGGAGUGAAUGCCCCAUGUUGUGUUAGUGCCUGUCUGCCAUGCUGGCCUGUCUGCCAGGACCAGGUGACCUCUCCUUUCAGCUUCUUUCUUACACGCAGAUGAACACUGGACUUCAGAAAUGGGACACUACACAGAAAAUGAGAUCUGCACAGUAUCCUACCCCAGCAGAAUUGGAUGCUUAUGCUAAGAAGGUCGCCAACAAUCCACUGACCAUAAAGAUUUUUCCGAACAGCGUCAAGGUUCCCCAGAGGAAACACAUACGCCGUACUGUGAACGGACUUGAUACUUCGGGCCAGAGGUACAGUCCCUACCCAUCUCAGGCCACCACGAAAACCGGCCUGCUGGCGAUAGUCAAAUCUCCGGCGAAAGGAAUUAUCAAAGACUUUGACGGGACGCGCGCGCGCCUGCUGCCGGAGGCGAUGAUGAAUCCCCCUUCCACGCCGUACGUUGCACCUAGCACUUUAACCCACCCCCAGGCGCUCGCUCGCCAGCAGGCUCUCCAGCAUGCACAGGCUUUGGCACACCAGGCUCUGCAGCCCCCCCCAAGCCCUUUGCUGCAGCCGGGUUUACAUGGAAGCAGAAAGAUGCCGGACGCAGACGCGCCGCCGAAUGUGACCGUGUCUACCUCAACCAUUCCCCUCUCGAUGGCUGCCACCCUGCAGCAGAACCAGCCGCCGGACCUGAGCAGCAUCGUGCACCAGAUUAACCAGUUCUGCCAGGCCAGGGCUGGCAUUAGCACUACCUCAGUGUGUGAGGGACAGAUCGCCAACCCCAGCCCCAUAAGUCGCAACCUGCUUAUCAAUGCAAGUACCAGGGUAUCUACUCACAAUGUCCCCACGCCCAUGCCUUCCUGUGUAGUAAACCCUGUCGAUCAUGCUGCUGCUGCUAUUCCUCCUGAAAUGGUAGACAGCACCAGGGGCCCGCCCGCCUACCAGAACGAAAUCAAGUCGGUCGCGUGGAACCAGCACCAGCUCGCUCACCUGCAGCAGAUGUGCGGGGACGCCGCCGGGCCUGCCGGACUCGCGGGGAAGCACCCUCAGAGAGAGAUCGCGGGGCAGAGCUUUCCCGGUAAAACUUCCAACUACCCUCAAGAACUGUGCAUGGGCCAGUCCUUCAGCUUGAAGCCCCCCAUGGAGAAGCCGACGCCUUCUCCGCCGGUGAACGGGUUGCAGGGACCCUUGCCGUACACCAACGGGCACUAUUUCCAGCCCAUCUGGAAUAACAUCCUGCCCACGCCCAACAGUGACAGCUCUGGGUCCCAGGACCUCGCCAUGCCUUUCCACGGGGGCCAGCCGGCAGGAGCGCCGCUCGAUUGCGCGGGAGGAACUCAUUACAGAGCGGGAGCUGGCCCAGCCAGCCAGAAUAACGUGAUGCAGACCAUGGAUUACCUAAGCGGGGACUUCCAGCAGUCCUGCUUCCGAGAUCAGAGCAUGGCCGUGCUGGGAAAAGUCCAUCGGCCUCCCAUGAACCGAGCACCUGAACCAACCGAUAGUCGAAAUCUUCAUAUUCAACACCCAGGGUAUAGAUAG